CCUCUAAACGUGGACGGCGACGGACCUGCGGCUUUCCCGACGGGACUGUAACGCGAGCCGCGAAGACCCGGCUCCGCUCCGACAGCCCUUUUUCCCGCUUCCCAAGGUGCCCGCGCGCCCCGGUUCGCUCGUGACGCGGAGUUUCUCCGGCUGCAGCUGAAGCCGUGUCACCGCGGGGAUUCACUUGUAUGGAUCUAUACUGUACGACUGCUGAGUUUUCCUGAACAGCUGGAGGAAACACGUCUCACCGUUUAUCACUGAAUCUACUUCGAGGAAGUGUUUUUCACAGGUCAUGCACUGCACAGAACUCGCUGCCAGGACGUAGCUGACUUGGCCCGUCGCCUCGUGUCGAGCUCUAAGUUGCGGUGGACUCUCAAAGAUGUCGGAGUGGAUUAUUUUCAAAACCUGGAAACCUGCAAAAUGUGGAGCAACCGCGGUUUAGUGUUCACGGUUCCUCUCGUGCUUUAUUAACUGUCUGACCUUGACGCAAAUGCCGCCAGUCAUGUUGCCUGAGUCAGGGGAAGAGGGAGCGUUCUGUGGUUCACCAUCAGUCUGCAAGUUUGUUUACCCAUCGUAUCUGUGCCAAGAAACAUAUGACACGAAUUUGUUUCAUGCAGCAACUGAGUUUUCCCGUGGACUGCUUGCUCUGCCUGCUGGCUGCUCUGGCUAGAUCCUGCAAUGGGUAAUCCCAUUAUGAUGCUCACAUUCCUGGAAAAUGUCAGCUAACUGAAUCAAUUCUUGCGAUAAAUUAAGGACCUUAAGCCGUCUGCUGACUGGAGCCUUUGUAGACAUGUAUUAAAGACCAAAGGAAUUGCCUCUUGAAUGUCUGAACCCAAUGGGGUCGAACUUUAAACUUGUGUACUUUAAAACGAAUCGGAAAAGGUUAUUACUGUUGUGUUACCCAUAAUGCAUUGCCCCAUGAAGAAGAAACGCCCCACGCGUGAUUCGGAUUUCUCGGCCAUCGUGGUUCCCUCCAUGCACUGCUCCGGCUACCUGGACUACACCGUAGAGACCCACGCGUCCAGGUCACUGAAGGCCAUGAACGAGUUCAGGCAGCAGGGGCAGUUGUGUGACCUGGUGAUACACGCCACGUAUAAGGAAAGAAUUGUGGACUUCAAGGUGCACAAGGUGGUGCUGGCUGCUUGUAGCCCGUACUUCAGAGCCAUGUUCACCAGCAGCUUCAAGGAGUGCGACGCCUCGGAGGUCACCCUGUGCGACGCCUGUCCUGAGGUCGUGGGGAAGCUCAUCGACUUCGCCUACACCGCCCACAUCUCUGUGGGGGAGAAGUGUGUGUUGCACGUCCUUUUGGCCGCCAUGAGGUUUCAGGUGGAGGACGUGUCCAAGGCGUGCUGCGAUUUCCUCGUCAAGCACCUGGAGCCCGCCAACGUCAUCGGCAUCGCCCGCUUUGCCGAGGAGAUUGGCUGCACAGAGCUGCACCAGCUCAGUCGAGAGUACAUCAAUACGCACUUCAAAGAGGUGACGAAGGAGGAGGAGUUCUUCAGCCUCUCUCACUGCCAGCUGCUGGAUCUCAUCAGUCAGGACAGUCUCAAGGUGCUCUGUGAGUCCGAGGUGUAUAAGGCCUGCACCGACUGGGUGGGCUGGGACAUGGAGGGCAGGUCUCAGUACCUCCACGCCCUCCUGAACGCGGUCCGCAUCUACGCUCUGCCUCCAAGGUUCCUAAAGAACCAGCUCCUGUCCUGCCCCAUCCUCAGUAAGGCCAACGCCUGUAAGGACUUUCUUUCCAAAAUCUUCCAGGACAUGACUCUGAGGAAACUGCCCCCUGCUCCGAUCCGAGGAACGCAGCUCAUCUAUGUGGUCGGCGGAUACCGCCAGCAUUCGCUGGCCUCCCUGGAAGCUUACGAUCCCACGAAGAAUGUGUGGCUGAAACUGGCCGACAUGGACACGCCAUGCAGCGGCCUGGGAGCCUGCGCCCUGUUUGGGCUGCUCUACACUGUUGGGGGCAGGAACCUGUCCCUUCAGAACAAUACAGAGUCCAGCGCCCUGUGCUGCUACAACCCGAUGACCAACCAGUGGAGCCAGAAGGCGUCCCUCAAUGUGCCCAGGAACCGGGUCGGGGUGGGGGUCUUGGACGGCUGCAUCUACGCUGUGGGAGGCUCCCAGGGCUCCACGCAUCACAACACGGUGGAGAGGUGGGACUCGGAGUCGAACCGCUGGUCCUUCGUUCGCCCCAUGUCGGUGGCCCGUCUGGGCGCCGGGGUGGCGGCGUGUGGCGGGGCUCUGUACGUGGUGGGGGGAUACGACGGGCAGAACCGCUGGAACACCGCGGAGAAAUACCAGCCCGACACGAACACGUGGCACCCGCUCGCCCCCAUGAGCACCAUACGCAGCGGACUGGGCCUGGUGUGCGUGAACGCGCACCUGUACGCCAUCGGAGGCUACGACGGCAGGGACCAGUUGUGCAGCGUGGAGCGGUACAGCGUGGGCCGGAACGCGUGGGAGCCCAGGGCCUCCAUGCAGCACUGCCGCAGCGCCCACGGGGUCACCGUCUACCAGGAAUGCGUUUUCGCCUUCGGGGGGUUCAACCAGCACGGCUUCCUGUCCAGCGUCGAAUGCUACUGUACGGAAAGCGAUCAGUGGACGCUCAUCAUGGACAUGCCCGUCGGGCGCAGCGGCAUCGGCGUCGCCGUUACCAUGGAGCCCUGUCCCGGCAGCCUGCCAGAACAAGAGGAGGAGGAGGAGGAUGAAGGAGCCACGUAGGGCCCAGCUGAAAUCCACCGAAGGCUUAAUUGUUGAAUAUGGAUCUAGUGCUGCUGAGAGGAUAUGUGCAUCAUAUAAAGAACAUUCCCUUAUGAUGAGUCCUCGUGGAGAUUUCUGCAUUGCACCCCGGACCAUGAAUGGAAGUGCCUAUAGAAGUGUCUCUUCGGUCACUUCUGCUGGAGGGAGGAGCGAUGCAGGGAGAACGUGACAAGUGACCUCGCACAAACCAGGUGCUCCAGACGUAUUGACAGUAAAGCUAUUUAAUAUAUGUUCCCCUGCUGUUUGUAGAAUGUUCAGUCGCUCACCUAUCUAUUACACUGCUACCUCUGUCUGUCCCAAUGAGCACUUAUCACAUUCAUUCUCCUCACACUGUGCCAAAAACUGCAGUUUAUGAAUUAAUGUGUAUUUUAUGUGCACCGAUAUUUUAUGUUGUAUGAAAAUACCCAAAUAAAUAAUGUGUUAAAUA